AACAGGUACAUCGGGUUAUCGCAAAAAAGAUGUCACGAGAUGGGAGAAAAGAAAACCGAUGAAUUAUAAAAUGUUUAAUUAUCGUUAACGAUCGCUUUAGUUGGCCAGUUCGCGUGGACAAGCCAAAAUAAUGACGAAAAAAGCCCAAAGAGCUUUGGAAAAGGAGCAAGCUGUUGCGGCUGCCGAGGAGGCAGAAAAAAUACGAUUGCAAUUGAUAAAGGAUAUUCAAGAAGAAAUUCGUUUGGAGAGGUACAAUACGGAACAAGAAGUUCUAUUGGAGGAGAGCCAAACGAUUAUGCGAAAAAUCCAAUUGGAGAAAACGCGGUUCGUGGUACAUGAAAAUAAAAAAGCGUUUAUGGAUCACGUUCUUGCUACCGAGGAAGAGGAAAACUGGAUUAUGUAUUUAACGUGUGACGAUUUACCGGACGCCGCUAAAUUGUCCGAUAUGAAUACAUUCAUGUUCCUUUGGUCGUUGAAAGAAGAUAUCAAUAUGGAUACGAUCAUAAGAAAAUGCAAAAUUGUGCAAUACUUAUUGUCGAAGCUUCACGAAAUUAUUAAUUUCUCUUUAACGAGAUCAACCGGUUACAUCGAGGAAUGUAAAAUGAUCAGACAAGAUUUCAGGAACAAGUUACAAAAUUGUAUAGACCAAGCUUGUUACCGUCUUUUACGUCAGAUCGAAAGAGAUAUGCUCAGAGUUGAUCUUAGGAAUGCUAUUUACGUCAAAGAAUCGAGCUAUCUUGUUUGUUGCAUCUGGGCACUAAUUAAGCUACCGAUCAGUAUUAAAGAUAUUCCUGAUAAAGAUAGAAAACCUAUCGAGGUACAUUUCAAGGAAAUUGAGCUAACGAUAAAGAUGCCGCUAGACAUCGAUUGCUAUUGCAUGGCUAUUCGUGGAUUGUGGCUCGAUUACGAUCACUAUUCUGACAUUGGGACCUCUUACGUCAUGCCGGAAAUACCAGAGAAAUAUCAAAUGAACAUGGAUCUAUUAACGUUUUGUUCGAACGAAUACGAAACGAAACGUAGGAUACGCGAGGAACAAUUGGAGGGACGUAGAUUAAGGUUGGAAGAAAAAAAAGCAAUGCUCCGGAAGAUGGAGAAUCCGGUACCAGCUAUGACGAUAAAGUUAGAUAGAAGAGGAAGAAAGGGCGGUGGUCAAUAUGGUCGGACGAAGAGACCGGAAUCCGAACAGGAAACGGAACCACUACCGUACUUGCCAACUCCGAAUGAGAUCAUUUUGUUGAAAGAAGAGGAAAUACGGAAGGAAGUUAGAAAACAAUUGUUCACCAAGUGCGAAAAAACAGAAAUUAAUUUACGCAAGUAUAAAAUCUUAGGUGGAAUUUAUCACAUUGAUCUGGUCUAUCAGCCACCUCAGCCUAAGGAUAUGAGACGAAAUAUUUUACUCACGACUCUACAAAUACCCAAAGAAUUGAAACACGUGCCAUUUUAUAAACCUUACAAGGCACCCCCACCUGCACCGGGUUCGGAAAGAACACCGGAAAUCAUCGAGAACGAAAUGAGAGCUUUGGAAACUGCGAUGGAAGCUCUUGCAUUGGUUACAUUGAAGUUGCCCGAUACGGUGUUAUGGUUCGAACCACCAUUGGUGGCACACUGGAUUCCCGAGAAAAAAAUCUGGUCGACUCAAGACGUACACGAUAUUAAAUUCAACGAGGAAAAACAACAAAUAACAUUUCGUACCGGUAGAUUAGGGAUUCACGGUUUGGCGGCAAAUAAAUUGAUCAAUCUUCCAUUUCAAAGUUGGGAAGUUAAACCGGAAAUGGGUAGAAACAGUCGCGGUGGGGUUGUUCUCAAUUUAACGGCAGCUACGGUUCAAGCGGAAUUUCUUGUCAGGGAAGAUACGGUUUGUUUGAACUCGUUGAUAGGCGGAACAUCGUCGGCACUUCAAAACAUCGUCGGCGAAUACAUGAAGUUACAUUUUUUAAUAGACAAAAUGCGGGAAGGUGGAUGCGAUUUAUUUCCGGAACGAGACACGGCAAGUUACGUCAAAGGACUUCCUAUGAAACAUUUGGUAACCGAAAGACAUUUGCAAGAAUGUAUUGGUCUACUUUGCACCGCUUAUACUUUCUCCUGGUCUAGGUGGAACGUAACUAGAACUUCGCGUGAAAUAGUUUUACAAUUUAAGGAAUUGCAUGGGUGCGUUGCCAAACAGCGAACAAACCUGACACUUUUAGUGACGCCUUCUCAAACGAUGGUUGUUCAGUGUACCGAAGUCAGUUCAGAAUUUUCCAAUGUACCAACAGAUGGCAAGAAUACGAAGUUUUACGCUGAUUUAUAUCAUUUAGCAUUGCACAACGCUGGUAUAAAAAGUCGUCUUCUAAUAAAAGAUAUCUCGUUCAAGCUUGCUCUGACUGUAACAAGGUUGCUGGAAAGUACAAGCGUGAUUAGUAUGUCUUCUUGAAAAUUUUCUUAUUCACUUAUACAUAAUUUUAAUAUUUGUUAUCGUCCAAACUAAUUACGG